AUGAGCGAAAUCAAAUUGGAUGCAGCUUUAGAUCUUUUGGGUCGGUUGAACGCCAAUGAAUUGUCUCGAAACUUGAACAAUUUAAUCUCUUUAGAACCAUCUAUUGCUGAGGAUUUGUUGUCGUCGAUUGAUUUACCUUUAAAAGUGCAACAGGAUAAUAAUCGUGAAUAUCUAUGUUGUGAUUAUAAUCGAGAUAUUGAUUCUUAUCGUUCGCCUUGGAGUAAUGAAUAUUUGCCUAAAUUGAGUGCUGAAGAGGUUGCUGAAUCGCCAUUCCCCAGUGAUAAGUUGAGGGAAUUUGAAAUAAUUUUUAACGAUUCGAUUGAUAUUUAUAAGGAUCUUUAUUAUGAAGGUGGGAUUAGUAGUGCAUAUUUCUGGGAUAAUGAAGAUGGGGAUUAUGAGGACAAAGGUGAAUUAUCAGGAGUGGUAUUGUUUAAGAAGAAGCAAGAUUCGGAGAAUUGUUGGGAUAGUAUUCAUGUUGUUGAAGUUUUAAAAGAUGGACAAGAGUAUAGUUAUCGUGUUACUACGACGAUUAUUUUGAAUUUGCAAAACAAUAAUGCAGAAAUUACAAAGGCGAUGAAUCUUUCGGGGAAUUUAACCAAACAACAUGAAAAGAGUGUCAAAUUCAAUGGAGAUGAUAAGUUGAACAAUUUCCAUAUAGUUAAUCUUGGUAGUUUGAUUGAAGAUAUUGAAAUCAAAAUGAGAACGAUGUUGGAAGUUGUUUAUUUUGAAAAGACAAGAGAUAUUUUCCAUGAGAUUAAAAACUCUAUUCCGAUGGGGCGUAAUAAUGAGACUCAUAAGGAAUUGAUUGAUGAUUUACAAAAAUUGUGA